AACCUGAGGAACAGCCGAAAAGACAUGAAUGAAUGUAGUUGAGCGGAUUUAACUCUGAUUCUGCAGCUUUCAGAGAUGACGGAGGGAACGCACCUGCGGAGGCGAGGGGGGCCAUACAGGACGGAGCCAGCCACAGACCUGAGCCGCUGGAGGCUGAGUAACGUGGAGGGCAGGCAGACGUGGCGUUAUGUGGAGGACCAGGAAGAUCCGGAGAGAGAGCAGACCAUGCUGGAGGCCCAUUGUCUGGGCCUGGACACGAGUAAGUUUGUGUCCGGCUCCGCGGCCGCCCACACAGCUGUAGAUGUAGCUUUGAAGGGGAUGAACUUCUACAGCCACCUCCAGGCCGAGGACGGUCACUGGGCCGGGGACUAUGGAGGACCUCUCUUCCUGCUCCCAGGUCUCCUGAUCACGUGCCAUGUGGCUAAGAUCCCUCUGCCCGAGGCCUGGAAGAAAGAGAUGGUGAGGUACCUGCGCUCCGUUCAGCUGCCAGACGGAGGCUGGGGCCUACAUAUUGAAGAUAAGUCGACCGUCUUCGGCACAUCGCUGAGUUACACCUCUUUAAGGAUCCUGGGAGUCGAGCCUGAUGAUCCAGAUAUGACCCGAGCCAGGAACAACCUGCACAGUAAAGGUGGCGCUGUGGGGAUUCCCUCCUGGGGUAAAUUCUGGUUGUCCAUUUUAAAUGUCUACAGCUGGGAGGGGAUGAACACGCUGCUGCCGGAGAUGUGGCUUUUCCCGACGUGGAUGCCCGCUCACCCCUCCACCCUGUGGUGUCACUGUCGGCAGGUCUACCUUCCCAUGAGCUACUGCUACGCUGUCAGACUGGCUGCAGACGAGGACGCCCUGGUCCUCAGCCUCAGACAGGAGCUGUAUGUCCAGGACUACUCCUCCAUUAACUGGCCCGCCCAGAGGAGCAAUGUGGCAGCAUGUGACAUGUACACGCCUCACAGCACUCUGCUCACAGUCGCCUACAUGGUGUUGAAUGUUUAUGAAGCCCACCACAGCACCAUGCUGAGAGGAAAGGCCGUCAAAGAGCUGUAUGAUCACAUCCAAGCUGACGACCGCUUCACUAAAUGCAUCAGCAUCGGCCCGAUAUCUAAGACUAUCAACAUGCUGGUCCGCUGGUAUGUGGAUGGUCCCUCCUCUCCGGUCUUUCAGGAGCACGUGUCCAGGAUCCCAGACUACCUCUGGUUGGGACUGGAUGGCCUGAAAAUGCAGGGCACAAAUGGAUCUCAGCUCUGGGACACAUGCUUUGCUGUUCAAGCUUUCCUUGAGGCAGGAGCUCAGGAUAACCCGAGACUAGCCGACUGCCUCCGCAAUGCCCAUGAAUUUCUCAGAAUAACACAGAUACCCGAGAAUCCUCCUGAGUAUCAAAAAUACUACCGACAGAUGAACAAGGGAGGAUUCCCCUUCAGUACACGUGACUGUGGCUGGAUCGUGGCUGACUGCACGGCCGAGGGUCUGAAGUCUGUGAUGCUGCUGCAGGAGCUCUGUCCCUCCAUCGGCCAGAGUGUCGCCUCAGAGCGUUUAUAUGAUGCUGUCAAUGUGCUGCUAAGCAUGAGAAACCCUGAUGGUGGAUUUGCCACAUAUGAAACAAAGAGAGGAGGGAAACUGCUGGAGCUGCUCAACCCCUCCGAGGUGUUCGGUGACAUCAUGAUAGAUUACACCUAUGUGGAGUGUACCUCAGCAACAAUGCAGGCCCUGAGGCACUUCCAGAAAGCCUACCCUGAUCACCGAGCUGGGGAAAUAAGCUCCACUUUAAGGGAUGGACUGGAGUACUGCAGGAAGGUGCAGAGGCCUGAUGGAUCCUGGGAAGGGUCCUGGGGAGUCUGCUUCACAUAUGGGAUCUGGUUUGGCCUUGAGGCCUUUGCUUGUAUGGGCCACGUCUACACAGAUGAGGAUGCGUGUGUAGAGGUGCAGAAAGCCUGUCAGUUCCUGCUGGACCGGCAGAUGCCAGACGGAGGAUGGGGGGAGGACUUUGAGUCAUGCGAGCAGCGGUGCUACAUCCAGAGCAGCACCGCCCAGAUCCACAACACCUGCUGGGCACUGUUAGGCCUCAUGGCUGCGAGGCAUCCAGACAGACGAGCCAUAGAGAGAGGAGUACAGCUGCUGAUUGACAAACAGCUGCCCAAUGGAGACUGGCCACAGGAGAAUAUUGCAGGUGUGUUCAACAAGAGCUGUGCUAUCAGCUACACCUCCUACAGAAACGUCUUCCCCGUCUGGACGCUCGGCCGCUUCUCAAACUUAUUCCCCAGCAGUCCGCUGGCCGGGAAGGUCAAGCUGUAGAGAACAUUUGAAAGAGUUCCUGGUUCAUCAGAUCCGUCAUGACGGAGAGACACAAUGUUUACAACUGAAUCAAAAUUCAACAACAGUCACAGAUGUUCACAAUCAAUGUAAAGUGUACAUUCUGUUAUCGUUUCUGUAUGAUAGUUAAUAAAAAGCUGUUAGGGUUCAAAGUCUGUAUAACUUCUAGCUGAAGAUCUUUUAGUGUUCGAAUGUUCAGCCGUGUUUUCAGAGGUUAAUACACAAAACAAAUGAACAUGUUUCAUUGUUUAAUUUACUUUCUGUUAACAUUUCAACGUCGACCACAUCUUCUACUUACACAUCUUUUGUAAAAACCUGCUGCUAUCCAAAACACCCAGUACAUGUGCACUAGUGGUUAAUGAAGAGUAGAAAAGCAUUCAUGUCCAUGUUGCCUUAUGUCCCAAUAAAUUACAAUAAGAAUC